AUGGACAUGUAUCCAUUAUAUGCGGACGUACAUCCAUUAGCAUGGGAAAAGGCAUCAGGUUUUGAGGAAUCGAUGAAAUAUAAGAAGCUUGCUAAUGCACAGAGAUCUGGUCUGAACCAAAUUCCUAACCGUCGAUUCACUCUCUGGUGGUCUCCUACGAUAAAUAGGGCCAAUGUCUAUGUGGGUUUCCAAGUGCAGUUGGAUUUAACUGGAAUUUUCAUGCAUGGGAAGAUUCCUACCUUGAAGAUAUCUCUGAUUCAUAUCUUCCGUGCUCAUUUGUGGCAUAAGAUUCAUGAGAGUGUGGUGAUGGAUCUCUGUGGGGUCUUGGAUCAGGAGUUGGAUGCUUUGGAAAUUGAAACUGUGCAGAAAGAAACAAUCCAUUCAAGGAAGAGUUACAAAAUGAACAGCUCUUGUGCAUAUAUUCUCCCAUUUGCUGCUCAUCGAUGGCCAAUGUCAAAGCCUAGUCUUGUCGCCGAGUCAAAGGAUAUGUUUGACCAGAAAGCAAGCAAUAAAUACUGGAUAGAUGUACAACUCCAUUGGGGAGAUUAA